AUGACAAGGGAGGGGUGUCAGCCUGCCCUCGCCGUGCCCACAAGGAUACUCGCGUUCCCACGGUUCGCGCAGUCAGAGUUGGCGCUCGCUCCGUCGGGCGCGGAGGGCAAGGGGACAGGCAGUGCUCGGACGCUAGAGGCUAUCACGCAUCUUGUCUGCUUUGCGUCUGGUAGACACUCGAGGCCUUUGCACUUGACGAGGCGACGGGUUGCUGUGUCAGUGCGUAAGGCUGAGGGCUUAAAGGUCGUGACAUUUCCUGCCUCUUACGCAGGACCGAAGGACCACAAAAAGAAGCGAGACGAGUCGAGCGACCGAGCCCGGAGCGCUCCCGACGUUCGCCGAGUUAUCCCCGAAGGCCAAAAUGGGUCCCUGACACAGGCACAGGAGCCCCGCCGCCGCAAGCAUGGGUCCUGCGGGCGUGUUCUCGUGCGAGGCUGUCUACCACGGGCGGAGCAAGUGCAAGGGUCCCAGUCCUCCGCCACCCUCACCGCCCUCGUGGAUCACCUCGUCCACGCGCCCGUGCCCACGCCGGCCCACGAUGCCCAGACCUAUACCAAGCUGCGGCGCGAGCGAUGUCAGCUGCAGUGCGACGACGAGCGCCUCCGCGUCACGCCCGUCCGCAAAGAUGAAGGCUUCGAGUCCGACUCCGAGUCGUCCGGCAGCGCCUGCGACGAGUCCUGCUGCGGCACCCAGGAUAUAAAGGUGAUCAGCGACCACGUGCUGCGCCUCGACCAGCUGAUCCACGAGGAUGGCGGCUCGGUGGGCUUCGCCUCGGCCUCCGACGACACCUCCUCCUCCGCCACCAGCAGCGGGGCGGAGAGCGAGGACGACACGCCCAGGUCGGGCGGGCCGCACCACCCCCAGCCCAACCAGCACACGCAGGUGGACGCGGCCGGAGGAGUCGGUGACAUGUUCCUGAUGAGCGACAUCCUGUACUGCCACGUGGCGGCGGCGACGCCCCGGGUGGUGGUGGUGGUGGUGAAGGACGCGGGAUCUAGUCAGGUAUUCGCCCACGUGUUCCAGUGCCUCACCGAGGACGCCGCCAGGUCGCUCUACGCCCACUACAAGGAAGCCAGUAAUAAAUACAAACUCAAUAGGUAUAGGAACAGCAAGCGAAAGACCGAGCUGCUGAAGGGCGAGGCAGCCGGCCAGGGCGGGAAGGUGGUCAGCGCCAGCGGCGGCGGCGCCAAGAAAGGCGCCAAGAGCCUGAGCCACGCGGUGGACGGCGGCGGCGGCCGCGGCUCGGUCCGGUCGGUGGAGGCCCGCGUGCUGACGGGGGAGAAGCGCGGCGACUCCGGACACAACGUCAAUGUCAUCGAGAUUCGCGAAACGCAGGAGGACGGCGAAAAGCUGCGUCCCUGGAACCUCGUGCAGCACACCGAUGCGAACGGCGUCACGCACAUCGAGAUCGAGAGCGGGCCUUGCAGCCUCGUCAGCAGUUCCUCCGAGGUGUCGGACUUCAGCAGCAUGGCCAGCCUCGCCACAGCACGAAGCGGCCAAUCUGCGCAGCCAGCGUCCCUCUUGGCCGCGAGGCCGUCUAGCCGAGCCGAGGCUUUCAGCAGCAGCGGCGGCAGCGAAGGCGGGAGCGUGCGAGGCACCAGCAGCUGCCCCAGCAGCCUGCUGAGCAACGGGCGGGAGGUUCUGGUCGCUGGCGAGACGGACAAGAAGUUCCGACAGCGGCAGCCAGCGCUCCUGCUGCGGGAGGACCUCGCGCGGCAGGCGUGGAAGGCCGGCGAGUGGCGCGGCGACGACAGCCUGCGGCGCAGCGAGAAGCGGAGGGACGAGCCGGCCAAAGAGGACAAGAAGAGGGAGUCCCGGCGCGACGACCACGACGGACGCAGCCGACGCGAGCGCUACGAGGGCGACCGCCUGCUGGUGCGGGAGGUGACGAGGGCCACCAUGGAGGCCAUGAUACCCCGAAUCACCACCGACCGACAGGGCCGCCAACGAGACCAUUCCCGAGGGAGACUGAGGCACUCGCACAACAAGGGGCCGGCGCCCCCUCCGCCGCCCCGCCGGCACCCCAACAACCCCUCGCUCAUGCUGGUGCCCACCAAGAGCGGCACCGAGAACGCCCGCGCCUUUUACCCCAAGGAGUCGCACAUCGUGCGCGGGAACAAGCUGGUGCGCGUCGACUACCCCGCGUACCCCGGCGGCUGGAUGCACCAGGACGUCAACAACAACCCCCAUCACUACAACUACUACGCGGGCGCCGCCUGGCUGGGCCCCCACGAGUACCACGCGCUGCGGCACCGCGACCCGCCCAUCACGCCGGAGAUGAGGCGCCGCUCGCGCUCCAAGAGCCCCGCGCGGAGGCCGAUGGCCCACCGCUACAUCGACGCCGUCUCGACGUUCAGCAUCUCGCAGAAGCUCAAGGACUUCUCCGACGCUGUCUUCACGAGCAAAAAGAACAAUAAUAAUGUCGCUAACAAUGUUAUGGGGAACAGUCUAAGUGCGAACUGUGGCCAGUUUAGCUCCAUUAAUGAUACGGAGGUCAAAGGUCACCAGCGGUCAUUGUCUACCGCGUCUGCGCCUGCGGGAGACGGCGACGGCACUCUCAGGCCGGUCAUAAAGAAGGGCCGCCGACCAGAAAAUUCCCCCCAGACCCGCCGCGUCACCUUCAGCGCCUACGCCACGGUGCAGGUGAUGGACGCGUGACCCCGCGACGCCAGAGAGUCUGCCGCGGCCGCCCCGCCGUCGCCGUCGCUGCUCAAAGACACCUGUGCCUCGGUGGGAAAACGACGGUUCCGAUAACCCUUCCUGCCUCCCUGUCGCUGCAGUCUUGUUUGGGUGAAUGAAUUACCUCUUCCUUAACCCUGUGGUCUAAUCAAAGUCAUGUGGAUACUUUAGAAAUAAGAUUCUGUAGAUCAGAGCGGCCGACCCGCCGCCUGUCCAGCAGUGCGUGGCGGUCAGAAGCGGCCUCUCGACGCCUCCUGCGACCGCCGGUGCCACGACCGCGUCGGCGCAGUCCCGCGGCGCGAGUCGUCGGAGCGAGGCGAGGGGCGCUCUGCGGGCGCGAGGACCGACACAAACGCUUCUUGUUACUACAUCAAGCUUCCGCAGUGGUUUAAACCUUUCAUACACUCUCAUGAGCUUUUAAGUCGCUUCUCCAUCGUUGUUAAUUUAUCAUCAAAUAUCAUGCUUAGAUUCAUCGUCAUCUCCGGUAAAUCACAACCUCCAUAAGAGCUGAUGCAUAUGUACAUACAUACGUACAUAUACAUAUACAUGUAU